AGUGGUACUUUUUAAACGGAGCUAGUUCUGGUUAGCUUCACGAGUACCCGGAGGAGUCGGGUACAAAACUGACCGUUCGUGUUUCCUGUGAAGGACUUAAAAUAGUCUAAGCUUUUAAGACUGUUGGUAAAAUAAAGAUAAAACAACAAGAGCCUGUCAACGGUCGAACCGUGGUCCAACCGUCAAACCGUUUCAGAACGUAAACCGGGGAGGAUAUUUCUGUGGAGCUAACAUGUCUGCAAAACAGGAGAGUGACGGCGGAUGGAGGAAAACUUUAUGGGAUCCAGAAACGAGAGAGUUUAUAGGGCGAACAAGGGAGAGGUGGCUUAAAAUCUCCGUGUUCUAUGUGAUUUUCUACACAUUCCUGAGUGGGAUUUUAAUCGGGACCAUUCAGGUUUUGCUAAUGACGUUAAGUGCGUACAAACCCAAAUACCAGGACAGAAUUGUUCCCUCAGGUCUGUCAUUCUUACCCCACGCCACCAACUUUGACAUCAUUUUCAAGAAGGACGACCCGUCUUCAUAUGAGGCGUACGUCGAGAGCUUGAAGAAGUUUAUUGAGCAAUAUAAUGAUGAGAAGCAGACUGACGACAGGAAGUUCGAGGAUUGUGGAGCCAUCCCGAAGUCAUACACUGAACGCGGCGAACUGGACAGUAAUGUAGGACAGAGGAAAAGUUGCCGUUUCAGCAGAAGCGAGCUUCAAGGCUGCUCCGGGGAAAUCGACACCACCUUUGGCUUUAAGGAGGGAAAGCCGUGCCUCAUUGUCAAGCUCAACAGGAUUGUCAAUUUCAGACCACAACCUCCUUUUAGGAGCAAUUCGCUUCCAGACGCUUUGAAAGUCACAACCUUUGCUAACUUAAUGCCCGUUUUCUGCACUUAUAAGAGGGAGGAAGACAAAGGCAAGAUCGGAGAGAUCAAGUACUUUGGCUUCGCGGGGCGCGGAGGUUUCCCUCUCCAGUACUACCCUUACUACGGCAAAAUGCUGCAUCCCAAUUACCUGCAGCCUCUGGUGGGCGUCAAGUUCACCAACCUCACCAUGAACAAGGAGCUCAAGGUCGAGUGCAGAGUGUACGGAGGCGGCUACGAGAAGGACAGCCGUCAUGGAGUAUUUUACGUUCACUUCACUGUGAAACAGUGACCCCAGACACGAUGGUGGGGAAAAAAACGUACAAAGAUAUUCAAGAGUUCAGAUACCGUUUUUGACUGUAUCUCUCUUUUCUGUCCAGAAUUAAAAUAGAAUGUAAAAUACACAAUAGCAAAUAUUCUUUCUGCAGUCAAUGGUCGAUUGUGGCAGGGUGGUGGUGGGGGUUAUUGGGAUGUUCAUUGAUUAUUUUAAAACUGCAUUUUUACUACUGAUGUAUAGAGUUGUCUUUGUUUCAUCCUUACUAGUUUCUAUAUAUUUUUGAAGGAUCCAGAGUUAGUAGGCCAGCUGUGUCAUGAUAUUCUGUUUCAUGUCUGCUUUCAGAGUCCAAUGUGUCCCUGCAGGUGUGUUUGUUCGUAGAGUGUUUGUCAAUGUGCUCAGACUAAAUUGAAAUAUUAGCCUGGUACUCUAAGGUGUUAGGUUGACUGUGCUAUAUGUCUUGUUUUCAUGCAUUUUCUUAUUCAAGUUCGCCGUAGAAGAAUAUUUUGUUCAUAGUUUGUUCAGCUUCAUAAUUAAAUAGGUUUUAGAUGAAAUUCUGUUCAAUAAAAUGUUUACUUGUCUUAUUGAUUGUAGCACUUAGAUUUUUAUAAAUGUAAAGUGCAUUAUAAAUAAAAUGUAUUGUUGAUACUCU